AUGUCGUACGAUUCAUGGCAGAGCCCGCUGGGCGCGCGAUACGCUAGCAAGGAGAUGCUCACACUGUUCUCGCCGCGCACUCGAUCGGAAAACUGGAGACAGCUAUGGAUCUGGCUGGCCGAGGGCGAGAAGGAACUCGGACUCGACAUUUCCGACGAGGCAAUCACUCAGAUGAAGGCGGCAAAAGUCAUGACCGAGGAUGAUUUCCAGGUGGCUGCAGUAGAGGAGAAACGGCGACGGCACGAUGUGAUGGCUCACGUCCAUGCAUUUGGUCAACGGGCACCGGCGGCCGCUGGGAUUAUUCAUCUCGGUGCUACAUCAUGCUACGUGACCGACAAUGGGGAUUUACUGUCAUUGAGAGAGGGUCUGACUCUUCUCCUACCUAAGCUGGCCAGGUGCAUCCAAAAGCUGUCGGACUUUGCGGUCGAGUACAAGGCUCUGCCGUGCCUAGGGUUCACCCAUGGCCAACCUGCACAGCCGAUCACCGUUGGCCGACGUGCCGUUCAAUGGGUCGAAUCCCUUCUGAUGGACUUGAGGAAUAUUGAACGAGCCAGGUCCGAUAUCCGAUUCAGAGGAGUCAAAGGAACCACAGGAACCCAGGCCUCCUUCCUGGAGCUGUUCCACGGAAACCAUGAAAAAGUCAAGAAGCUCGACGAGAUAGUCACCAAGAAGGCGGGAUUCAGCAAGAGGUCUAUUGUCUCAGUACAGACCUACAACCGUAAGAUCGACUUCGAUAUUGCCAACGCUCUGGCAUCGUUUGGUACCACGUGCGAGCAUAUCGGUACAGACAUUCGGCAUCUGGCCAUGUUGAAGGAACUGGAAGAACCAUUCGAGAAAGAUCAAAUUGGAUCCUCCGCCAUGGCUUACAAGCGGAACCCCAUGCGCUCGGAACGUAUGUGCUCGCUUGGCCGAAAACUGACUUUUCUCCCACUCGGAUUCGGCGCGACAUAUGCUCACCAAUGGUUUGAACGAUCACUGGAUGACUCGGCCAUUCGACGGAUAGACAUUCCAGAAAUGUUUCUGAUCGCAGACGCAUUGUGUAUCCUUCUCGACAAUGUAUCCUCGGGCUUGGUGGUGUACCCCGCCGUCAUCAACAGCCGUCUACAGCAAGAACUGCCGUUCAUGGCAACUGAGACGAUGAUUAUGCGCAUGUGCGCGAAGGGCGCCAGCAGGCAAGAAACUCAUGAGCAGAUCCGGGUCUUGUCCCACCAGGCUGGUGCUGUGGUCAAACAGGAGGGCAAGCCAAACGAUUUGGUAGAGCGCGUCCGAAAGGAGAAGUUCUUCGAGCCCAUCUGGAAUGAACUGACCGAGGACGAUUUGCUGAACCCUGCAAAGUUCGUGGGCCGAUCUGCUGAACAAGUGGACGAGUUUGUCGAAGAGGAGGUUGAGCCAGCGUUGGCGGCUUACAAGAACCAAAUUCAAGGUGCUGCGGCCGCGGAAAUUCAUGUUUAA